AUGGUGAGACAGUUGUUGCAUAAUCAUCGUAUCCCUAACAACUAUCUAGAGGUGGUUGAACAGGUUAAUGAUACGUUAUAUGGGUUUGUUUCAUCGGUGUUCAUGAAGGAUAUCGACAGAGCGAUCCGCGUUGCACACGCUCUCAAAGCCGGCACUGCAUUGGUUCGUUUUUUUUCCGUUAUCCCAUCCUGCAUCAUUAAGACUGAAAUAUCGAUGCCCUUCGAAGGCUUCAAGCAGUCGGGAAUUGGUCGUGAACUGAGCGAGUAUGCUUUCGAAAACUAUAUGAACGUUAAAGCUGUUCAUGUCAACAUUGGCAUUCGAUUGCGAUCGCUUAGGACUCUCGCAUCUUCAAGUUGUAGCUCAACCAUGAACACCGUUCGUCGGCUCUGUAACUGA